AUGACUGCCACUACUAGUAGAAUUUAUGAAAAGAAAUUUCUUGCAGUGUGGGCAACGCCUAUUCCAGAUCGAGUUAAAGCUCUAUUUACAGAGAUAUUUAUUAAUGUAUCUGAAUUGGUCAAAUAUGUAUCGAAAGAUAUUACAAAAACAGAUACAUUCCAUUUGGUCAUUCCUUUAAAUUGUCUCAUGGACUUGCUCAACGAUCCUAUUUAUAAAUUUCCACAAGUUGUACAUAUUGAUGUUAUUUAUGAUGGUAUAUAUGAUCUGAAAAAAAUCCAACGUCGUUUUAACUUCGAACCUGAAAAGAUAAAAUUUCAUACUAUAAAUGAAUUAUUACGGCAAUUGGAAAAAGUUGAACUUGAUAGAACACUUGUUUCAUCGGGUCCCAUUGAUCGAAGCACAAUAGAUGCUAUUAUUUCAAUAAUAGAAGAUCGUGUUCGUGCUAAACAACAGGCUACUUUCAAUCGUCUUUCUUCAUUUCUAAAACAAUGUGCAUUCACAUCUUUACAUGGUUUACCUGCAAAAAAUAUUAACGACAUUGCUCCAUAUUUUAUCUGUUCGUCAUGUAAGUUCAUUUAUCUACAACUUUAUCAACUUGAAUGUGGACAUCAACAAUGUAAAGUAUGUGUAAAUAUUCGAAAGAGUUGUACAAUAUGUUUUAAAGCGGUCUUACGCGAUAAAGUUUUGUUGGUUCGAAAUUCACAAAUGAAAAUGCAAAAUUUAUCUAUAUACUGCUCAAAUUGUGAAUGGACAGGAUCACUGAAAGAUUAUCAAAGACAUUUCAAACAUGAUCAUUAUAAAUUAAUCACUGGUUUCAUUGAUAAUCAAGAAAUUAAUGAAAAUAUUUCUUCAUUGAAUUCAGAUGUAUCAGUUAUGUCUUUGAAUGGUAUAUGUAUAUGGGAAAUUCCCGAUAUAACUGAUAUGAGAAAUAAUUCUGCGUCUGAUGAACAAAAAUCUAUUUAUUCGUCUUCGUUUUAUUCAUUUUCAAAUGGUUAUAGAAUUUGUUUAAGAUUAUUUUUAAAUGGAGAUGCGAAGGCAAAAGGUACACAUAUGUCAUUAUUCUUUGUAUUAAUGCAGGGUAAUUAUGAUGAUGUUCUUCGUUGGCCAUUUGAAUUUAAAAUAACAUUUACUUUACUUAAUCAUCUAUCACCGAAUAAUAAUCAGUCGAAAUUUUUUUGGCCCGAUACAAAAUCAAUUGCUUUUCAAUGUCCAAUAAGCAAUAUGAAUAUUGCUUAUGGUUUUUCAAAAUUCUUCCCUCUUGAUCUAUUCGAACAAAAUGAAAAUCAUUAUGUUAAAGAUGAUAGAAUAUUGAUUCAGGUUGAAAUUGAUGUUUUGGCUGAAAGACCAACUUUACCAUUGAUAUCUGGUGCAGGUGAAUUAGUGAAUGAGGAAGAACUUGUUGAUACAACUUAUGACAAUCUUCCACGACUGUUGUGUAGUUCAGAUAUAUAA